CUUCUCCCUCCUCCCGCUUGAUAUCCGUCGCCACCACAGCGGCCGCUGCCGGGCGCGGAGUUGGCUGGUCGGUUGGUGUGUCUCUCAACGUCGGUGACCGUGCUGUUGAACUGCCCGCCAUGGCUGAGUUAGAUCCGUUCGGCGCCCACGCUAGCGGCCCCGCGCUGGGGAACGGAGUGGCCGGCGAAGAGGACCCUGCCGCGGCCUUUUUGGCGCAGCAGGAGAGCGAGAUUGCGGGCAUAGAGAACGACGAGGCCUUCGCUAUCCUGGACGGCGGCGCCCACGGGCCCCAGCCGCACGGCGAGCCGCCGGGGGGUCCGGAUGCUGUUGAAGGAAUCAUGAAUGGCGAAUACUACCAGGAGAGUAAUGGGCCAACAGACAGUUAUGCAGCUAUUUCACAAGUGGAUCGAUUGCAGUCAGAGCCUGAAAGUAUCCGUAAAUGGAGAGAAGAGCAAACGGAACGCUUGGAAGCCCUUGAUGCCAAUUCUCGGAAGCAGGAAGCAGAGUGGAAAGAAAAAGCAAUAAAGGAGCUGGAUGAGUGGUAUGCGAGGCAGGACGAGCAGCUACAGAAGACGAAAGCGAAUAACAGCACAAACAUAAACCAUCCUUGCUACAGCCUAGAACAGGCAGCAGAAGAAGCCUUUGUAAAUGACAUUGAAGAGUCGUCCCCAGGCACUGAGUGGGAGCGGGUGGCCCGGCUGUGUGACUUUAACCCCAAGUCCAGCAAGCAGGCCAAAGAUGUCUCCCGCAUGCGUUCUGUCCUCAUCUCCCUCAAGCAGGCCCCCCUGGUGCACUGAAGAGCCGCCCUGUGGAAACACUACAUCUGCAAUAUCUUAAUCCUACUCAGUGAAGCUCUUCACGGUAAUUGGAUUAAUUAUGUUGAGUUCUUUUGGACCAAACCUUUUGUCUUUAGAGUUGAUCAUUGUUUGUGAUUGCAUGUUUCCUUCAACUGUGUUGUCCCUGGCAUUCAAAGAGGAGGGGAGGUGGCGGAGGAAGGGAGGGGAAGCCUCCCAAUGGCAGCCUCAACCUAUGCUUUCGUGCGUUACUCUGAGAAUAAAUUUCUGUUUCAGACAAUAAACAAA